UUUGAUUGAUCGUUUUAUAGGCACUUAAAGUAGUAAUGCUGUUAAUAUUUCACAUACAGGGCAAUGGGCAAAAUAAAUAGUUUUUCAUCAGAACCACAUGGACGCUGAAAAUUAGAUAGCAGGAAGAUGACAAGUCUUGGGCUUUGGAGAACGCCUUCUUUUUACUUUUUCGCGUGGAUUUAACCUCUGCUUCUUGUUGCACGCUGACGCAGCUUCUCGCUAGUCUAACCCAAUCAGAAUGACGUCCGGUUGUUUCCUGCUGGAGACGCAGUCUCAAUCUGUCCUGCCCCAUUUCAGUUUUUUGUUUCACUUUACAGAAGUGCAUUCUUGAGACUGGAUUUUGAAUAGUUUUUUUUAAAGAACGAUGGACACAGAAAAUAAGAGCGAGCGCACCGGUUUCGACCCCGGAGAACACCAGCACAUGCGCUACAACCCCCUCAGAGACUCGUGGGUCCUGGUUUCUGCUCACAGGAUGAAGAGGCCUUGGAAGGGCCAAAUGGAGAAACCCCCAGAGGACAAUAUCCCCCGCCAUGAUCCCUCCAAUCCACUUUGUCCAGGCAGCACAAGAGCCAAUGGGGAGGUUAACCCUGACUAUGAGAGCACUUUCUUGUUUGAUAACGACUUCCCAGCACUUCAGUCUGAUGCUCCAGAGCCAGGAUCCAGCGACCAUCCAUUGUUUCAGACGAAAGGUGCCAGAGGUGUUUGUAAAGUGAUGUGCUUCCACCCCUGGUCAGACAUCACCCUGCCUCUGAUGCAGGUCAGUGAGAUCAAGGCUGUGAUUCACAAGUGGACAGAGCUGACAGUGGAACUGGGAGCCACAUAUCCCUGGGUGCAGAUUUUUGAAAAUAAGGGUGCAAUGAUGGGCUGUUCCAAUCCACACCCACACUGUCAGGUGUGGGCCAGUGAUUUUCUUCCCAGUGAACCAAGACUGUCGGAUCGCUGCCAGAAGAACUAUUACAAAAAGCAUGGGGUGCAGAUGCUGCUGGAGUACUCCAUGCAGGAGGCUCAAAGACAGGAACGGCUGGUGGUGGAAAAUGAGGACUGGCUGGUGCUCGUCCCCUACUGGGCAACAUGGCCCUUCCAGACUCUGCUGCUUCCUCGCAGGCACGUGCUGCGCUUGAGCGACCUGAGUGACAAGGAGCAAGAGAGUCUGGCUUCAAUUAUGAAAAGGCUCCUGACUAAAUAUGACAAUCUGUUUGAGAUAUCUUUCCCCUACUCAAUGGGAUGGCAUGGGGCUCCCACAGGACACUAUCUGAGAGAGGAUAUGAGCUACUGGCAGCUUCACGCCCAUUACUACCCACCACUGCUGCGCUCUGCCACAGUGCGAAAAUUCAUUGUGGGGUAUGAAAUGUUGGCACAGGAACAAAGAGACCUCACGCCUGAGCAGGCAGCUGAGCGCUUGAGAAACUUGCCGGAGGAGCACUACAAAACUGCAGCGGCCGAGAAGCAAUCUGGGGUGGACUGCUGAAGGAAGGUGAAUGGGCAGCUCACGCACUUCUCUGCUCACUGAUGAAAAAGCCACAGGAUGGAAAGCCUCUCCAUCUUCCAUCAGGCAAAUCCAUCCUCUUUGCGGCAUUAAUCAAAAUCAAACUGAAAGUUACCUCACGGGUUGUUGUGUCGAUUGUUUGCAGUUCAAUCUGUGAUGAAUGUUGUACUGAAGCAAAGGUGCCAGUUGAUUGUUCCUGAAACAGAAGUCCACAGGAGAAAUAUACCCUCUAAAUUAGUGGGCAAGCUGGGACUCUCCUCCACCUCCUUGUUUAAUACAAUAAACACAUUUUGUGGGAUUUGUAAGGCAUUUUACAAAUAGGCAACAUUUUAGGCUUUUCUCAUACAGAGUCCUAGGAUAACAUGAACUCAUAAUUAACUCAGUCAUUAAUUCAGGUCAAAAUCAGGAGAAGCUGUCUUUGUAGCCUCUGCCUUGGAUGAGGAUCUUAGCUCAGGAUUAAAAAAAAUAUUUCAGUUUAACUAGAUAGUCUGAUUAAGAUAAAUACUAAUGCAGAAUAAAAGUACAUAAUUUUUACAUUUACAGAAACCUAUAGUGCACCAGCACUAUUCACUUGAACAGACUCGAGUUUCACUUUUAGAAAUCCUAAAAAUGUAAACAAUUUAAAAAUAAACUACAUAAUAGCAAAUAAAAUGUAUUCAAAAUCUCUGAAAUGAUGUUUUUUGCAUUGUUUUUUGUUACCCAUAUUAUAACCUAGACAAACACACACAGUAUGUCAUAGCCACCUUCUGAGGUUAAAGUAAUUUUUUAAGAUAACACAAUUGCUAUGAAUUCUGGGUGUGAAUAUUAAUUAGCUCUUAACACUUGAGAGAUGGAAAUGUCUUUCCAUUUGUUAUACAUAGGGUCAAUGUUUUUAGCUAUGGACAAUUGUUUCUUAAGGGUAUCACACAGCACAAGAUACAGUCCUGUCUCCCAGACUAAUUUAUAUUUUGGUACGGAGCUGCAUGUGGAAUCAAACUAAACUUGUUUCUAAUUUACAUUCCUACCCAUAAUUCAUACCAUAAGAUACCAUACACCUGAAAGAUAUACCUUCCAAGAUACUGUACAUUUGUAUUCCUGAUUCACCGGUCAAUGUUGGCUGCAUUGCACUGAUGAACCUUAAUAAGGUAAAACAGGUGUCGACUUCUAUUUCCAUAUAAUGGUGUUGGAGAAAAUGUUCCCGCUUCCCCUUAAAAGGCAGUCUGUCUCAGAAGUUAAAAUAAGUUUCUUAUUUAAUGUGCAUGGGAGUGAAAAAUAGAGAUGCUCGGUAUAUUUUUCUCAAAGUGAUUAAAUAUUUUUUCUACUGUCACACUUCCCUGUGCUGAUGAGAUUGGCAGGAUUCCAAGAUCACACACAUCUUCCUCUUCCCUAUUUGCCACAGUAUAGACCACAUUGCUAUUUAACACAGUAUAGACCUACAUAUUAAACCUUGUGUCCAGCAUUCUUCCAUUCCAGUUCAAACCAGUUCUGUAUGUUCACCCUAUAAAAUACUGCAGCAUCAGCAGAAAAAAAUGAUGUACAAAGUACAAACACCCUCUUAACAAUGAAAAUUGGAAUUCUGAGUCAAUUCUAUGACAUUCUAGUCAUUGGUCAUUCUUUUUCCCAAGCUUUGCAAUAAGGCAUGUGAUAUUUCUCACCCAUGAUAUAAUAGAUACUGUAUUGUAUAUACUGUAUAUUCAACUAAGAGUUCAUAAUAGAUUUGCCACUUAGUCCCAUAUUGCCAGGACACUCUUGAUACAGAACAGAACUUGAAACAAAUUGAAUUAGAUUAACUAAAUUAAUUGAUCACUAAACUUUUACUACUGGCCUUGCAUGAUAAUUCAGAGGUUUAGCUCUCAUUUUCCAAGUACAUUUUUUUCAGUUUCAGGACAACUUUAAAAUCCACUUUUGUCUUAAUGUGUCCAGGAAUUACUGUACUAGGUGGCAGCCGUAGUCCAGAAAUGCCCUAAUGUAAUCAAUAUGGAAGACUUUACAAAGACAGAAGUUUGUGGAUGUACCUUGGGAAGACCCUUAUCCAAAAGUGGAUAGAUGAUGUUUUGAAGAUAAUAUAGAGAUAAUAGUUUUCUUUAAGUCCAAGAACGACAUUUUCCAGUACAUUUUUUUUAUCAGGAUCUGUUUCCCCUGGGCUGGGAGCAGAUCAUGUCGUGGCAUUGUCACUAGCAACCAGUGUAUUCGCAGGAGGUCUCAGUCCCAGUCUGACCCCAUGAGAAUGCAGUCGGUCGUGAAACGUUUCCAGAAGGCUGUUAAGUUUUCAAUCAGAUGGCCUAUAAUUCAGUUAUCUGCUCCAGGAGCAGACUAUUUAAGCCUUUCUCUUUGCUCACUUCAUGGCUCUGACAUUCUGUUAUUCUGAUUAGGGCUAUGAUGAAUAGCAAGGCUCACUCCAUCCAAAGAUCCCCAAGGUUGGUCUGAGACCCUGUGCUUGGAGCUCAGCUUGUAUUCACCACGGCCCUGAUCUUCAGGGACCACAGCAAAACAGGAUAAUCUUUUAUGUGGUUUUAGUCAUAUUUACACUGGAGUAUCAGUGAACCUAACCUACACAUUGACUUAUUUUUGUUUUCAAUUUGACUUCUAACAUAUCAUUCUCUAUCUAAUCUGCUUGCCUUGAUUAAUUUUGAAAAUGACAAUAUGUGCAUGUGGUAAAUCUCAGAAACACAUGCAUAAUUUAUUUACAGGAACACAAGAGUUAAAAUAAGGAAUUAUCAGGCUGUUCAGAAAUUAUUGACAUUCUGUGAGCCCCAGUUAUAAAAUAAAUAAAAAAAACAUUAUCUACUUUUCUUAUUGGCUUAGGGCAUUUCCAUUUCUUAUUUAUUGCCAUUGCUCACUCACUGCUUACUGUUUGCCUGUAACAACUUUAGCUCAGCUCUGACUGAGCUGGCUGUACAAAAUGAUAAUCACAAUUUGGAACCCCUAAACUGGAAUUUUGAUGGUAUUGAAUUCGGAGAUGAACUCGAUGAAAUACACUGAUCACCUUCUUAUUUUCUCCUUUAUUUUAUUUCUUGGCAAUUAAUAUAUAGUGUUUUGACAUAUAGACAUACUGUAUUCCUCACUGUGAAAUGUCUUUUCAUACGUCAUAUUAUUUCCACAAAUGUCACAAUUGAGUUUUAAUGAUGGUGCUCUAAUUUUCAUUAUGGACGGAAGUCUUAGUACCUCUGUGUCUUAGACAGGGCAAGUUCUGAUUUUUGUUUAGAGGUUGAUAAACUGAGUUACCUGUGAGAGCCUCAGAUUUUCUAGUCCUCUGGACGGAGAAUAAAUGGUUAUGAAGGUUCUGGCACCCAGUAAGGAUGUCCUCAAUGUGAUUUUUCCCCUGAUGCUUGACCAGACAUAUCCCACUGGGCAGAGACCUGAAAGCCGACCAAGGACACAGUGGAGGAACUAUAUCUUUGUCCUUGUUUUGGAAUCUCCCGGGAAGAAGGAGAACGAUGUCCAGUCCUCCAUAAUUGACAGACUGUCACUGUAAUCCUCACCAUGACAAGUGGACUGAAAAUGGUUGGAUUAGCAUUAGGACCCCUUAAUGAAAUGGCCUGAGCAUUAUUUCUGUCUGUAUCACAUAGUUUGUGUUGUCAUUGUUUGUUUUGUUUAACAUAUUCUAAAAGAUGACAAAUGAAGUGCCAAUCUCACUGCUGAUUGCAAACUCAGUGUGUGGAGCUAAAUCCUGUUACUCUGUGCAAUUCAGAAGUGAACUGGAAAAUCCAAUCUUAAAUUUAUGUUAGUUGUAAACAGCAAUCCUGGAAAGGUAUUGCAGUUCAAGCCAAUAUUUAGUGUGGUGUGUUCAGAAAAUAACAACAGUUUUUAUGGGGUUUAAUUGCACACUGAAACUAUAAUUUGCUAUACAGAUUUGACAUGAAGAACUAUAAAAUGUUUAUUUACUGUAGUAGGGAAAAUAAUACAGUACAUACAGUACGCUGUUCAAAUAAUGAGGAAUGUUAAAUUUCUGACAAAUAUUAAUCUGUUCUGCAAGAAAAAUAUCAACCAGGAGAUCAUAAUAAAAUAAAAAGUGUGUGUGUUAUUCAAAGUCA